ACAACGUUCUCCCUCCAGGUCUCUAGUUAUUAAAUACUAAAUAGCUGGUAGAAGUCAUGAUGGGUAGUAAAACGAGCGCGAUUGCGGCUGGGGUUGGGGCAGCGCUUUUUAUUGGUUACUGUAUUUACUUCGACAGGAAAAGAAGGAGUGACCCUAACUUCAAAAACAAGCUACGAGAACGGAGGAGAAAGCAGAAGGCAGCACAGGAGAAAGCAGGAUUAUCAAGGCUUCCAGAUCUAAAGGAUGCAGAAGCAGUACAGAAAUUCUUCCUUGAGGAGAUUCAGCUUGGGGAAGAACUAUUGGCUCAGGGAGACUAUGAGAAAGGGGUGGACCAUCUGACCAAUGCCAUCGCUGUGUGUGGUCAGCCCCAGCAGUUACUGCAGGUUUUGCAGCAGACUCUCCCUCCACCCGUGUUCCAGAUGCUCCUUACCAAACUGCCCACCAUCAGCCAGCGCAUCAUCAAUGCACAGAGUGCAAAUGACGAUGAUAUUGAGUAAGGAGUCUCAUGCAACGGUUCAUACUUCUUUGGAUUUUGUGACUCUCCUCCAAGGAAUCACCCAUAUCCUGAGCUGCGUGUUUAUUUUUCACAGAAGAACCAUGUUUCUGUGUCUAGUUCCGUAGUUUGUUUUUAUUGACAAUCCAUCUGACCUCUGCCCUUGGAUUGUUUUAAACUGGUUUGUUAGAACUGUCUUAAAUCACAAAAUGAAGGUUGUGAACUAGCAAAGCCCUGACAGCAUUACAGACAAAUUUGUCCAUAGAAAGUGUUUGCAGUUGUUUUCUUAUGUUUGUCCAGUUGCACAAAGAAAAAGACCUCCCUUUUCAAUGAACUUAUGUCCUAUUGUUUAUUAAAAAAUGCACAGUGAAUUAUCACAAACUAUAACAAACUCCGUAAAUAUGCAAUAGGUGAUUGUUAUUGGCAAUCACAAUCAUUACCUGCCAUAAAACAAACACAGGAUGUUUACAUGACUGUUUCCACGCCAGUACUUUAUCGGGGAUUACAUUACAUUACUUUUGGGUUAAGACAAAAUGUCAAUAGAAAAUUAACUUAAGUUAUUUAAUGGCUGGUAUGGUGUCUUUCUGUGAUGUCUGAUGUGAAUACAAUUGAAGGAGACUGAAUUUUACUCACUCGUGGUAAAUUUGUAGGAGAAAGUGUCCUCUUUUUUUAUUAUUCACAAUAAAGAGGGAGUAAGCUGUGA